AUGUCAGAUAGUUCAUAUUCCUUGUAUAUACAUUCAGAUAGAAAGUUAAUUGAUAUUGUAGAUGAAUCAUGGGAAAAGGAAACUCUUCCUCAAGAAACCAUCAAACAUCCAAUAAUUGUUGAAAAUAUCAAUUUAAAUGAUGAGUUUGACGAACUAUUAAAACAAACAAAACAAGAAAAACCAUGGAAUGAAUUGGCACUAGGUAGCUUCAACUAA